AUGCCCUCCAGCAGUCCCAAUGAUACCAACUUUUCUGGCUUGAAGCCUGACGAAUCUAAGGCUCUGUCUGAGCGCUCUGCGGAACCUCAUGAGGAAUCUAUCAUCAAAUCGCUGAAGGAGCUCUACACUUGCAAACCUCAAUCGAGCACCUAUGACAUCUACACCAAGGACGCUAUCUUCCAUGACCCCAUUGGCUACGCUGAAGGCGUUGAGACCAUCCGUGCUCAGUUUGAUGCUCUCCCGAAGCUGUUCCCGCGCGCCGAUAUCGAGAAGUUCCGUAUCCUUCAGAACCCACCUUCGCUCCCUAAGUCAUUCCUUCUCAUCGACCAGGACGUGGCGUACUACCGCAAGCCGGAUAGCUCGCCCACCAAGACCGUCAACUCCCUUCUCACCCUCAAGCUCGACCAGUCCAACAAGGUGACGCAUCACCAGGAGGAGUGGGAUCAUAAGCGGGAGACCACGUCCGACGAUGGGUUUUUCGGGAUGCUCAACGAGGAGCGAAAGAAGAUUACUGCCAACAUUACCGCGAAGUUCAUGGGAAAGUGA